UGUUUGGUAUGUUUAGGUUAGACUAGCUAUUUUCAUAAUUAAAAAUAUUUGCAGUAAAUCUAAAUGUCAUGUGAUUAAUACGAGAUUUUUCGAUGUUGAUAGCGAUUAAUAUUCGAAUGCGACUUUGCUGAACAGAACUAAAUUUUGUGUGGGAAAACAGUGUAUGUCGAGAAGUGAAGAUUGGCAAAAUAUCCACCAACUGUGUUGUCAAAUGGUUUUUAUACGAUUUUGAUAAGAAAAGACGAAAAACAAUUUACGUUCCGAGAAGACCAACGAGUCAUUUUAUAUAGCGAAAAUGGCAGCAAAUGAACCAGGUGUUUCAUUAUUUUCUAGAGAAGAUAAUAACUGGAGAAAAGAUUUAAUUUUGCAACUUCAAGAGAGAAACAGAAGACAAACAUAUUGUUUUGCAGAUCUCAUAAGUUUACAUAAUGGAUUAUUCGAUAGGGCAAACACAUUACGAGGGGAAAAUAUUCAAUUAACUAUAGCAAUUGAAACCCUUCGUCGGACAACAUCUGGUGGUGCAUCUGUACCAGGUGCAACUAGUGAUAUCGAAGCUCGUCUUUUAAAACAAGCAGAGGAAUUAGCAACAUUACAUAAAAGGAAGGGAGAACAUACACAGCAGAUAGUAGAUCUUAAUAAUAAAGUACAAGAAAUGACAAAGGAAAUUCAAAUCAAGGAUGCCAGUCUUGCUGAGUGUAUGGAGAUCAAUACCAAUUUACGUUUAGAAGUAACUAAUUGCCUUGCUAGAGAAAAGGAGCUGGAAGGCAUUAAUCAAAUGCUGAAAGAUGAACAUCAAGCCUUACAACUUGCUUUCACAUCUUUAGAAGAAAAGCUUAGAAAAAUGCAGGACGAAAACCGUCAAUUAAUAGAACGCUUCAUUAAAUAUAAAACUCGAGAUGCUGAGAAAGUGAACAUAGAAAAUGAUAACUUUUUGAAGAUGAGGCAUGCAAGGAUGCAAAAGGAGUUGGAGGAUGCGGCUCGUGACACACGGCCUGUUAGUCCGGAUCGAUCGAGUUUAAAAGAAGGAAUCACUGGUCUUCCUACCGCAGUUCCGACAAAAGUGUCCGUCACGUUUAACGCACACGACGGGGAGGUUUAUGCCGUAAAAUGGUCUCCCGUCGACAGGAUCCUCGCCACCGGUGGAGCCGACAGGAAAGUGAAGCUUUGGAACAUUACAAAAGGUAUUUCGGAAAGCAAAGGUAUCCUCGUUGGAAGUAAUGCCGGAGUGAUGUCUAUCGAUUUCGAUUCAACGGGAAUGCUGAUCCUUGGAGCGUCCAAUGACUAUGCCAGCCGGGUGUGGACCGUCAACGAUCUUCGUCUAAAGCACACCUUAACGGGCCACUGCGCGAAGGUGAUGGCGGCGAAGUUUCUUGGCGAGCCGUCAAAAGUAGUUACUGGCAGUUACGAUCGUACCCUAAAAAUUUGGGACCUGCGUAGCAAAGCAUGUAUAGAAACUAAAUUCGCCGGUUCUAGUUGCAACGAUCUCGUCAUUUCCGAUGGAGAGGGAUCUACGAUAAUUAGCGGUCAUUUCGAUCAAAGAAUCAGAUUCUGGGACACCAGAGCCGAAUUCAGCUCAAAUGACAUUCUACUAGAGGGGAAAGUGACAUCGUUAGAUCUGUCUCGUGAUGCAAAUUACCUUUUGAGUUGCGUCAGAGACGACACGCUGAAACUUAUAGACCUGCGGAUGAAGAAAAUCAUUGGAUCGUUUAGUGCUGACGGUUUUAAAGUCGGCUUCGAUUGGACACGAGCAACUUUCAGUCCAGAUGGCCAAUACAUAGCAGUCGGUUCUUCGAACGGAUCCGUUUUCAUUUGGUCUGUCGUCACCAAUAUGAUAGAAUCGGUGUUGAAAAACCACUCAGCCGUGGUGACAGCGGUUUCUUGGCACACACAGGGCACCUACCUCGCGUCAGUGGACCGAGCAAAAACGGUAACAAUCUGGGGCGACCAUGUUUGAGAGGACGAAUGAUCCCGAAACAGACGAUUGUUUCACGCACGAAGGUCAACACGUUCUUUUGUGCCGAGGCGGAUGUUUACGGGACUGAAAAAUGCAGAUGGAAGUUUACGCGCCACAGUGGUAUCACAAAGGAUUAUGCAGGAUAAUGAAAAUCAGUGGACGGUCGGGACGCGGAGGAUGUACAAGAUACUAUUUCGAGGCCGCACCAAGCAAAAUCACCGCGACAACGAAAUCCGAUCACGGUGGAAGACUGUUGUACAUAAAAACUCCACUGAUUGUUGCUCCAAGGUUGUAAAGAUUUCCUUCAUUUUCUAGGAUACGAACACGCUUGCGCGCCACGACCGCGUCUUUCCACGACAAAUUGAACAAAUUACCGUAGUUACUCUUUUUGAAAUUCACUAGAUACGCCCCCUCUAAUUGUAAGAGACUGUUUCCGCGUUUCAAUCCUCUGUACCGAUAGACUCGAUCGUCCGCGUUACAAGCAACAUAAUAAACGUACGCGCUAUUUUCCAUUUGCUUCUUUUAUCUUUUCGGGCCGUUAUACGAAAACAUCUGUCGAUAGAAUUCACCCUCGCUCGUUGAACGAAAUUUUUACUCGUCCGUGGCUUAUCUUAUUGCGCGUUCUCGAGAAGUUGGCAAGUGGAAUCUCCGCCUACCCCUCACUUUCGUCGUACGACCCAUCGUCGUUUCGACCAAUAGCGACAAUAUCUGUGACUGUGACCGUGGGCUUGCCAAACUCUUAAUUAGAGUGGGGAACCAAUCGGAUCCGCAUUCCUUUCGCUAGCCAACUUCUCGCGGACGCACAGUACAUUGAUUAUGAAUCCCAGGUCGCAUCCAGUGUUUUUCGUACGCCAAGUACUUGUGACUUUAAAAACAUGGGUACAAGAAAAGCCAAAGUACAAGUUAAUUGUUGAAGCAGCCGUGAUAUCGAGUCUACUUGUUCGUCGUAAGUCUGAUAUAGAAUGGAAAGAGGAUGUACUUCUUAAACGAAAAAUUUUAAUAUCGAUACCGAGUAAACUGCAUUGUACAAGAUUUAAUUAAUCAACGAUACCGAGUAACGUGUUACAUUGUGCCGAACAUAGUUUUUGUUGCGGUGGAAUUAAAUAUUUGGCCGUCGUGUACGAGCCAUUUCACAUCGGACAAUUUCUAGUAUUUGUCAGACUAGCAGCAUUUAUUAAUAACGUUCGAUAAAUAAUUCGUACAAAAUUACAGCCUGGCUGGACGAAAUAAGCUGUCGCAAUGUUAUUACAUUUCGUGAUCGGUGCUAAUACAAUCAUAAUAAUUGAAGGCUAAAUGGUAAUAAUAUUGAUGAUUAAACUUUCUGACUUUUGGGUCGUUUCGAAAAAAAUAGUAAUCUUCCUCUUUCAUCCUUUAUCGAGCAAAUAGACGUUUCCAGGGAGCGGAAAAUAAGAUUUGCAAGCUGAGUUACUGCCACGUAUGUCUGUCUAGCCCUAAAAAUUUAUCACCCCUCGAUUAAAAUUGAUCUCCCUCCUCCUUUUACUCUCGAAGUUUCUAUGUUUCUUCUGCAAUAGGAGUUCUUGCAAAAGUUAUCAAGAUAAUAGACAACGAAAUUGGGUAAACGCAAUAGAAACAUUUGUAGUGUUCAGUCAACCAUGGGCAAUUCUUUCAGCUUUUCCUCAUGGUUUGUUUAUCUUCGCUUCCAAUUGUCCCAAAAGCCUAUUUCAAUACGUCACUGAAUCUAUUUCGAUACACAUAGAGAGGGUGACUAUGGAGCGAAUAUUUUUAAAUUCAGGACUUUUUUUAAAACUCUGACGAUUUCUUCCAAAAAUUGAUAUUUUGUUCAAUAAACAAUCGUAGGUAGAAGAAGCUACAAUAUUAUGACUUUUAUGUGAAAUUUUGUACGCAUUAUUUACUCGAGAUUAUCAAUGAAUCCUGCGAAUUUGAGAGUUGUUGCGUUGCUUUUCGUGGUUACUGUUCAACGAUGAAUACUCUUUUAAACGUACCUUUUACAUUACUCGUGCUUUAUUAAUUUGCACACUCAACUGGAAACAGUUUCUCGUCGUACAGCACAAUAAUUACAAGUGAAUACUUUUUAUAAGUAUAGAGCUGAGAUCGAAGGGCUCUAAGCGUAAGUACAGAAAUUCGUGGCAACAACUGCCAUUAAAACGCGGAAUGCCAAUUUGUAUAGCUUCUCAUAUUUUUGAUACGUAUUUUUGUUAAUUCGGGUACACUGCAAGCACACACAACACUGGUAUACACAUCAUUAUCCUGCUAACAACUUUCUUUACUCGUUAAAUUUAACGUCAUCGACUCGUAUCCUAACAGAUUUCAAAGUUUCAGUUUCUAGAGUCCUUUGCUCUUCAUUUAUUUGUAAGCUACGUCGAUGCCGAGAGGAAAACAUGUGCAGAUGAUAAGUUAUAAGCUACUUAUGGUAACGGUUUAAGUGAAUUGAAUCAUUACAAUUAAUAUUUCUUUGUCGUACAAGAAGAAACGCAUCAUAAUCGAUAACAUCAUUUCUAGCAUAUAAGUUUCUGUAAGCUAUAAGUUAUAACUAUGCUCGAUUUAAAACCAUGCUCGACAUAAUUUUUUGUAGUUUUUAUCAAUUUAUUUAAAUAAACGAAGAUGUUGUGUAUAAUUCAACAUUUUCUUUUUUUUUUUUUUCGUUUAACUGUCUACACGAUCUUAAAAGUCUAAACUAACGUACAAUUAAGAUUACCAUUUGUUCCGUUUAUUCUUCUUAUUCAACGUUUAAUCUAUGGAUAAUUAAUUACUGUUUAUAUCUUACAUGUAAUUUAAUACCGAAUCAGCUUU